AUGGAGAUGAAGGACACGAGUAUCGAAGUAGUCGUCGUGGAGAGCGAUAACGAUACGCCAAUAGUCGAUAAGCAGCAGCACAAUGCAGUGGAGAUAGGGUCGAGUGGCAUCCUGCCGAGCUUGACCGUCGUCAUGCUGAAGCUGAAAUUGCUUAAGCUUCGCAAUUUGGUUCUUGCUGCCAAGCAAGAACAGGAAGUGCUUGCGGCCAGGCUGGAAGGCUGUGGUAAAGCGGAGAAGAGUACACAGACUGCUCCCUUCUCCUUCCAUAGUACCACAACCAUGGCACAGGAGGCGUUAGAUUUUGCCCUCAGCGACAGAGCGGUAGAGAGGAGAACAGAUAAGCGAGCCAGGGACUCGCCUGGCAUUAAGCGCUUUAAACAGAACGCAAAAAUGCGUCGGGAGAGCGCAAAUCAGAAGAGCGGGCCCACGGAAGUUGCAAACAUGGGAGAACGGCGUAAGAAGAAAGCGAGGACGAAACGAGCCAGUCGGCCACCGGAGGAGGGAAGCCAACCCGACCAAGACAACCUGCGGUCGGACGGUCCCUGGCAAACGGUAGUAAAUAAACCGAAGGUGAAAGCGGCAAUCACGCGCCCGGCGAGAGCCAGACAGAAGGGUGAAGCACUUCUCAUUAAAACAGAGAAAGAGCGCUACGCCGACGUGUUCAAGGCGAUGCGCAGCGCCGAGAAACUGGCGGACCUUGGUAAAGAGGUUCGUAGCAUAAGGCGGACGAGAGCGGGCGAGAUGAUCCUUGUCUUAAGGAAGGGCUCACAGGCGAACGGUACCUCAUAUGGAGCGCUAGCCCAGGAAGUCCUAGGCGAGAGCGUAGAAGUGAGGGCUCUACACGACGAAGUGACUCUCCAAUGCAAGCAGCUGGACGAGGUCACGACAUCGGAAGAGAUCGCCUCGGCCAUCAAGGACCAAGGUGGAGUGGUGGUAGCAAAUGCGUCCAUCCGUCUGCGAAGAGGACCGCAGGGGACGCAGAUUGCCACGGUGAAGUUACCGGCCAUCGACGCUAACAAGGUGAUCAAAGUUGGUAAGCUGAAAGUUGGCUGGUCAGUAUGUCCAGUCAGCCUCUACCAACCACCGGUAGUCGACAAGUGCUUCCGCUGCCUCGAACCGGGACACAAAUCGUGGGCGUGCAAAGGGCCGGAUAGGAGUAACCUAUGUAGGCGAUGCGGCGAAGAGGGCCAUAAGGCGCACACGUGCGAGAAAGCACCAUCGUGUACGCUAUGCGCGAGCAGGAAGCAGGAACAUAACCACGCUAUGGGUGGACCUGCGUGCCCGUUGAGUGGUUAUCAGUUGCUGUGGCAGUCGGUAGUAGAAGCGAGAACGGACGUCGCUAUCUUGUCGGACCCGUACCGCAUCCCCGCGGAUAAUGGGAACUGGGUAGCGGAUAGAUCCAAAUCAGCGGCGAUUUGUACGACGGGAAGAUACCCGAUCCAGGAAGUGCUGAACACAAGAGCGGAGGGUACUGUUAUAGCGAAAAUAAAUGGAGUGUACUACUGCAGCUGCUACGCCCCACCAAGGUGGCCGAUAGAACAAUUCACCGAGAUGGUCGAUCGGCUAACAUCAGACCUAGUGGGUAGCAAGCCAGUAGUAAUUGCAGGAGACUUCAAUGCGUGGGCGAUAGAGUAUGGAUGUUGCUUUACUAACCGGAGAGGGCAAACGCUGCUAGAGGCUUUCGCCAAGCUGGAUGUCGUGCUGUGCAACGAAGGCUCCAAAAGUACCUUCCAGCGAAACGGAGUGGAAUCGAUAAUAGACGUAACGUUCUGCAGUCCAAGUUUGGUCGGUGAUAUGCAGUGGAUGGUCGACGACGGUUACACCCACAGUGACCAUCUAGCUAUCCGGUACAGGAUAGGCAGCGAGGCAAGAAGAGAAAGCCGGAGAGCUACUCCCACAACCCGGUCGUGGAAGGUCGCCCACUUCGACGGUGGGACCUUCAGUGAAGCUAUGGGUCUGGAAGAAAACACGGGAAGUUUAAGCGGCGACGAACUGGUUGCGGUCCUGUCUCGAGCUUGUGACGCGACCAUGCCGAGGAAGGUGCGACCACGGAACUGCAGGCCACAGGUAUUUUUCAUUGCUUUGGUGAUGCGCCAAAUGUUGAUAUCGCCACGAGACAUUGAUCCUAACGAUUCUUCAAAUUUGUUGAAGCGGGCAUCCGCGCAAUCAUUGCGGAUACGGUUUGACAGUGAUGCAACGAUUUCUUUCAGUAGAGGAUCCCUAGUCCGCAUCCACUGUCGCCGGCGUCGGUUUCGUAGUUGGAUCACGCAGUUCCAGUGGGAAUGUCUAGCAUUGAAAUCACCGACUACGAAGAAUGGACCUUCACGAGACACCAUGGAGUGA